UAUUAACGCUAAUUGUGUAACGACAACGCCAGAAAUCUCAACAAUGGCUGAUUUGUGUGGAACUCCUAUGCGUCCUUCGGAUAGUUGGUCGUCGACUGAAGUUCGUAGUCUUCAACACUCUCAUAUGUGGACAAUUAAGGGAUUCAGUCAGUGUGAAUGUCGAUAUUUGGAGACAUCUCUACGCAUUAAGGAUUCGGCGGUAUGUUUUUUACUAUUUUAUCUAAAAACUUUUUUAGAGUUCUACUAAUACAA